ACGAAAAUAUUUCAAAACUUGCAAGCAUUGGACUUUUGCGAGAGACUUUUGCAAUUUGCACUAAUGAAAUUCUUAAAUAAUAAAACAUAUAUUAUAGUCUAUAAAUAAGAUGGCAGCCCGAAUCACAAUAUUGUAAUCGCCGGAGUUGUCGCGCCUCUCCUAUAUCCGUAGACGCUGCGACGCCGCAGCCGGCAGAAAUGUGCCUGACGAUCGUCAACCCCGGCGACGAAUCCCUUUCGUUCUCCGGUGACGAUUCCUCCUACGAAUGGCGGCAGCAAGCCAUCAACGGCGGGUCACUCCGCCAUGUAGACCUCGAAACCGGAUCCAACGGAUGGGCUUCCCCUCCGGGCGACCUUUUCGCCCUCCGUGGCUCCCACUACUUCUCCCACAACCAAAAAACCCCCUCCGGAGACUGGCUCCUCCUCCCCGCCGGCGUCGACUGGCUCCGCUCCACUCACCGCCUCGACAACUUCCUCUCCCACCCAAAUAAUUCCAUCGCCGCCUCCCUCCGCCGCGCCCAAUCCCUCGGCCAAUCCCUCAAAUCCUUCAUCAUCGCCGUCAAUCUUCAAAUCCCCAGCCGCGAACACCACUCCGCCAUCUUCUAUUUCGCCGCCGACAAUCCCAUCCCGGCUGGAUCAGUCCUCCACCAAUUCAUCCACGGUGACGACGCCUUCCGCAACUCGCGAUUCAAGAUCGUGAAUCGGAUCGUGAAGGGGCCGUGGAUCUUCAAGGCGGCGAUGGGAAACUACGGGGUUUGUAUGUUGGGGAAGGCUCUGGCAUGCAACUACCACAAGGGGGAGAACUACUUAGAAAUCGAUGUGGAUAUUGGGAGCUCGGCUGUGGCGAGCGCGGUGUUGAAGCUGACAAUGGGGUACGUGACGGCGGUGACGAUCGAUAUGGGGUUUUUGGUGGAGGCGCAGAGCGAGGAGGAGCUUCCCGAGAAGCUUAUAGGGGCGGUGAGGAUCGCGCAGAUGGAGAUUUCGGCGGCCAAGUAUGUGGAACCGGUGAAGGGGCGUUAGCGUUUCAAACUUUGCUAUAGUUGAGAAAUUUUUUUAUUUAUUGUUUUU